AUGAUACCGCAUAGAACACCAAGCGUCUCUGAAGCAUCGAGUUCAUCAGCACAUGAUUCCAGUCAAGCCAGCAAUCUUCGACCUUUGGUACCAGCUUCGCGACCAGUGCCUGCAGAUACCGUUAAUGCAUAUCGUACGGCUCCUUUGGCACGAAAGCGCGCACCCAUAUCUUUAGCUUGUGAGCCGUGUCGUCAGAAGAAGAUCAAGUGCAACGGCAAUAGACCAACAUGCUCUCAAUGUCAGGCGCGGAAAACCGAAUGCGUGUACAGACAGACGGCAGAAACCAACUAUCGGGACAAAUACGAGACACUAUUGGAAUCACACCCAGCAGCCAUCGUCUACAAGGCCAUACAAACCCGACCUGAGGCUGAAGCGCUCGAAAUAGUUCACCGCAUUCAAAGUGGCAUCGACGCCGAGACGUUAUCGCGACAACUUACAAGCGCCGACCUUCUCCUCCAAGUGCAGCUUGAGCCCGAAACCAGAUCCCGAUAUCAGUUUAUCUACUCUCCGCUCAUGCCGGAGUACCUCCAGACCGCGACAAACCCUUUCAUGAAAUCUCUUAUCCACGAGUGGAGUGAUAGAGACGAUGCUACGGCUAUUGCAGAUCCAGCACUAGAAUCUGAUCUUGGAUAUCGAGCACAGUAUCUUCGACCACAUCAUGCAGCUACCAUUGUUGAUCCGCGGCUGGACGAGAUUGUACCUUCAAGAUGGACGUCAGUCGGCGCUAGCGAUAGUACAAUGAGGGAAUUCAUUCGAGCCUACUUCCUACAAGAAUAUGACUGGUUCACAUUUUUCCAGAAAGACUACUUCUUGGAUGAUAUGGUCAGUGGCUCUGACGUCUUUUGUUCAUCGCUUCUGGUCAACGCUGUUCUUGCAGUUGGUUGUAAGUUUGACGACUUUACAAGCUGCUCUUCUUACAUGGUACAAGCCACCAAGAUGGCGCAGGAGUUGGAACUGUUUGAACCAACGACGUAUAUCAUGAAUAAAAAGUUACGAAACUCAUAUGACUUGACAGCGUGGUCUUUGUUCCACUGGCAGUGUACUUUGAGCUAUCAACUCAUGACAGUCCCGGUCCUGCAGACUCCACCCAAGAACAAGCUUCCAGACCCCAAACGCGAUCCCGAUUGGUUUGGCGAGAUCUGGCUCAAGUACCCGUCGAGCUCAGUUCUCAUACCAAUCCAAGUCGGGCUUACUUUCCAAACCAAGAUGAAUUUCGCUGUCGUUCUUAACGAAGCUAUGCUAGAUUACCACCGAGACUCCAACGAAGAUGAUCUGGCGCAGAAUGGAGCAGUGAGAAUUAUGGCGGUAGUGCAAAAAUUAGAGAGCUGUCUACAAUAUUGCCAUGCUCUCGUGCAACUUUAUGAAAUCCUUGCCCCAGAAGGAAAGACCAAAUCUUUGUUUGUCCAAUUCAAUGAAGACGAACUAUUCCAGUCUCUCUCUAAAUACAGAGGGCAUUUCGAGACUAUUCUGCGUAUUCACUAUCUUCGACAUAGCUUUGAAUAUGGAAAUAUGAUGCUGACGCGUUUCCUCGCGAUGCUCGCAUUCUUGACCUUGAACAAACUCGAUUACCUCGUUACUGAACCCCGGGAGGCUUUAAAAUCAUCCACCCUUGACGUCGGCGACACAGACCCCAAAGAAGUUCGAGCGACGCUCCUCAUAGCUCAAAAGGGCCUCAGCGAUCAAGGAAGAGGCUAUUACCUGCCCAACAUAUUACUUCGAGAUGUUCUCGGACAUAUGACGGCGAGCGAUGCGGCGGUGCUGCAAAGCUAUAUUACAAUACAGCCUGAAAACCCCAAUGAAUCGCGCCAGAGGAAGAUGUAUUUGGAGGGCCACUGUCCGCCUGAUAUACUGCAAGUAUCACAUGAUCCUUCUCAACAGCCUAAUGGCAAUUGGAUACGGAGAGAUGAAAAGUGUCCGUUGGUCAGCGGCCACUCGCGAUGCUUCUGCUGCAUUCUUCGCGACAUGAGAAUUGCUCAGCAAAAGACGAACUCGGGCUUCGACUACAAGACUUUCAAGCGCCUUGUCGAUCAGGAGGAUCUCAAGGAGGGCCAGAUUGUGCCGCUGCAGCAACGACUUGAUACUCUGGAGACGCAGACUGCCGACCUUUCUCGUCCGCAUCGGCAUUUGCAGCUACUCGGAAGCAACAAGCAUACCGCCGAAACCAUCGGCUCGAUUGCCAAGGCAGGAAUUCAGUGA